GCCUGGUAGCUUCUGGCAAGUACCAGACAGCUUGUACCACCAAGUACUAGGAAGUCAUUUGCAUGGUAUUUGGUGAUAAGAAACAGCGGCAUACACUGGAUAAGUUGAAAGGAUAGUGUGACUUUUAAGGAACACCAUGGAGGAACAAACUGCAGACAUAGAGGUGACAGUCAAAACACUAGACUCCCAAAGCAGAACCUACACUGUUGGUGCUCAGUUGACAGUGAAAGAGUUUAAGGAGCACAUUGCCCCGUCAGUGGCUAUCCCUGUGGACAAACAGAGGCUGAUCUAUCAGGGCAGAGUUCUACAGGAUGAACGGACUCUGGCAGACUACAAUGUGGAUGGCAAGGUGAUACAUCUUGUGGAGCGGGCCCCCCCUCCGCCCUCCCAGCCUGGCUCAGGGUCAGGAGGCACUUCAGCAGACAGUGGACCCUCCUCGUCCUCCCAGGGAACAUCGCAAGUGCCUCCACAUGAUCGCAAUGCUAACAGCUAUGUAAUGCUUGGCACCUUCAACCUUCCUGUCAACAUCAUGGACCCCCAGCAGAUACAGAUGUCGGUUCAGCAGAUGAUGUCUGGUAUGGGAGAGAAUGCCAGGAAUGCCAGAGUCACAACCAGCACUGGAAGCAAUGGGUCUGUGAAUGUGCACAUUGAUAUGGACCAACCAGUGCAGAGUGGGCCAAGGCUGAGGCUGGUGCUGGCUGAGAACCUGCUGAGGGACAUCAAUGAUGUCAUCCACAGGAUGGAGGGUCGGCCGAGUGACUCAGCCACCCAAACAGAGGCAGCUUCUGCUGCUGCUCCCCCUCCUCCCUCAUCUUCAUCUACCACCUCCACUCCCUCUCCCUCUGCCCAGCCCAUGGACACCUCCCCACCUCCAACAACUCCCCCACCUGCACCCACCUCUUCAGCACAAUCUGAGGGACCAGCACCCCAACCUGGACCCAAUCACCCCAGCCCAGCUGAGUUGGCAGAGAUGUUGUCUGAGCUGCGGAGGGUGGAGGAGAGACUGCAGCCCUUCAUUCAGAGAGCUCACACCAUCCUGGAGACAGCCACCACAGCAGAAUACAACAAUAAUACAGAGAGAGAGGACGACCAGCGUACUCUUAUCCUGACGUUUGAGUGUCUCCGUCUCCUGGGUAACGCCCUUGUGGCCCUCAGUGACCUGCGAUUAAACCUCAUGAGCCCUGUGCCCCGCCACCUGCACGUGGUCCGGCCGUUUUCCCAUUAUACCACCCCGGUCACUCUGCCUGGAGCUGUGCACCACCACAUCCCAGUGCAAAUGAAUCUGGGUGCUGCGGCUAACAGUACUGAGGGACAAGCCCCGCCCACCCAGUCGGCUAGCCAAUUCGAGCAGGCAGGUCAGGGACAGACCUCACCCCCACAGACUUCCCCUUCCAAUCAGCAGGCUGGACCGGGACAGGCUGGCCCCCGUGUCAUCAGAAUCAGCCACCAGGCAGUCCCGGUGGUCAUGAUGCAGAUGAACACGGAUGGACCAGGUGCAAACCCUGCUGCAGCUGGACAGCAAAUGCCAGGACAACCAGGUGCCCUACCCCCUGACUUUAUGCGGAAUCUCAUGCAACAGAUCAGCCAAUAUGCUGCUGCCGUAGCUACUAGCGCCGCCACCGCCACCGCCACCGGCCAACCAGUCCCACCCCAGCCCACCCCUCCUGGCUACAGCUCCACAGCCAACUCCUCAACUACCACCACAGGUCCCAACACACCCACCACCACCCCUACUGCUCCCCCACCUCCUCCCCAUACUGGCCCCCAGCCCCAGGCCAGGGUCGUGUUCACCCGACCCCCCUUUGCACCCAACUUGCCCCCUCCAGCCUUCGGCACUCGGGGAACCACCAUCAAUGUGAGGGCUGCCAUGCCGGGCCAGCAGCCAGGACAGGCUUUCAACCCUGCUGCUCUCAACCAGAUGAUUAGUGGACUGGUUGGACAGCUUUUGCUUCCUGGACAAAUGGCCUCCUCCUCCUUUUCUUUCUCCAAUUCGGGUCCAACUCCUCCACCUACCGCAAACACUACUAGUCCACCGAGCCAAUCUGAGACCAACACUGCUGAGCCCCAGUCCCAGGAGAUGCCCCCAGACCUCAGCCAGCUCCUGGGUUCUCUCCUAGGUGGUGCCGGUGCGGGCCCUUUAGGGGCCCCUUCAAUUACUGUCACCACAUCUGGUGUCCCAGCCUUCAUCCAGGGAGUGAGUGAAUUCAUGCAGCAGGCCCAACCCAUCUUCUCUCCACCACCACCUCCCUCUGGUACCACUCCUGCUCCUGCGGCAGGGCCCAACCCCAUGCCCAACGCUCCUGCUGGAGCCGAAGCCCUCAACCCAGAGCUGUUCACAGGCAUCGUCCGUGGCGUGCUGAGCACCAUGAUGGGCUCUCUGGGCCAGGCCCAGAACGACACAGAGAGCAUUGCUCAGUUUAUGCAGAGGCUGUCCCAGGCAACCAACAUCUUCAUCAGUCCUGAGGAUCCUACUGGUUUUUUUGGAGAGCUGCUGAUGUUGGUGUGCCAGACGUUCACCAUGUCAGACCUGGUGAUGCUGCUUCAUGGCCAGCACCAGCCCCUUGGCCGCAUCCAGCCUCAACUGUCCCAGUUCUUCACCCAGAACUACCUCAACGGCAGAGAGCCAACCGAUGAAAACAUUGCUGCUGCAGCUGACAGUCUUGUCAAUGAACUGGAGGAGUAUAUCAGUGAGAGCUUUAUAGAGUCUUCAGUCACCGUGUUGGAGGGUGUUGAUGUCACUCAGACCAACAUGUCCUUCUUCAGACAGCAGCUGAUGCACAUUGCCACACACAUUCUGCGUUGCACGGAUGACUCUUUUGGGCCCCAGCUGUUACAGAUGUGCAACCAGGCAUUGUUUGAGUGUCUUGCCCUCAACCUGCACUGCCUGAGAGGAGACCAGAGAGCCCUCACUGCAGUCAUCAACCACCGAAUACGGAGGAUGUCCAGUGACAUCAGCCCCAGCCUGGUCAACUGGAUGACCAGCAUGAUGACGAUGAGGCUGCAGGUGAUUCUGGAGCACAUCCCCAUCACACAGGAGCAGAUCCAGAACUACAUAGUUCACACACAGAGAGAUCAGUCUUCUGCAACUAGCACACAAGAGCCUGAACGAGCACAAAGUGCAACGAUUGGGGACACCCUCUCACCAGCUGCAGCCACCACAGCAGAGGAGGCCAUGUCGGUGUCACACAACACGAGGGCGUCAUCACGGGAAACAAGGGUGUUGCCAGGAGACCUGGGAGCCUCGGGAGGAGCGGCACCAUUAGGUGGCGACAUGGCAGCAGCGGGAGCUGAGGGAGGGAGUGACGAGUCUCCUCGAGAGUCAGAGGCCUGGGCGGCUGCUGUUCCACCUGAAUGGGUGCCCAUCAUCAGGUGUGAUAUGAUGACCCAGAGGAAGAUGAAGGCUCAGCCCCCGCUGUCUGACGCUUAUUUGCAAGGCAUGCCAGCUAAACGUAGGAAGACAGGACUGGGUGGUGGAAGCCUCCUCUCCCUCUCUGAUGCGGUGAGUCAAGCAGCCAGGACGGCGGGCGUGAAGCCCAUCACUUCCGCUGAGCGGUUACAAGACGACCUGGAGAGCCAGGAGCUGAAGGAAGCCUAUGCAGAACAGGUUAAAGCAGACAUCAAGAAACGAGUGAGGGAAGACCCGGAAUUCAACUCUCAGCAGUUCCCCAACGCACACAGAGCCUUCUCAUCAGACUCAUAAUUAAAUUCAACUGAUAAGAAAACUGCAACACUCUCGCCGUUUUUCAUCUUUAUUUCUUGGAUCUUCAUUCAAUUACACUCAAUGCCGCUUCACACCCCCUCCCCCCAAACUGUCUGUAUGCCUUUCUAAGCAGUUAGCAGCUCUCCUGGCUAAUUGCCUCAUGCUAAUGUGACUCCUGUUCCCAGUGCCUAUUUAUUUCUUUGUUUAGUUUGGUCCAACUCUUGCUGAAAGAACGUUCCCUAUGAAAAGAAGUUUGACUAAAUCAGGUCACUUAACUUCUGUUUGGAUACAUGUGUAUAUCUGUUCGUUUUAUUUGCCCUCAUAUCCUUGUGUUUGCUUUGUUAAUAUGGAGCCUGAAUUCUUAUUAUUUAGUAGACUUUACCUUCAUGUCAACACUCGAGCUCAAGAGUAUACUUUCAUGUUAUAAACAUGCUGUUUGGUACAUGAAUGUACAGUAAGCUUAAUAAAAACCUUGAUACAAUA